AUGUCGCUGCAAACGCCCCCCUCGCAGCGCCGCCCCCUGGCCAGACAGGCCUCCGAGGACCUUAAGGACCUCAAGGACCUCAAGGACAUGAAGGACCUCUGGGGAAGGAGCUCACCGCGGCCCGCGCAAGGCGGGAGACAAGGAGUUAGGAACACCUCUCGGCCCGCCUCCGGAGGACAUCAACCGCGCAGGUCGAGUGCGAGCCCCAUGCGGCCGCGGCCUGUGCGGCUGGCUUGGGCCGCGUCCCCGACGCCGUCCCCCGCCGCCGGGUCCCCCGCCCCCAGCGAGCUGGUGGCCAAGCGCUGCCCCUCGGUGCAGCCGCCGCCGCCCCGCCCGCCGCCCGCCUCGGCGUCCGUGCUGCCCUCGCGGUGCGGGGCCAUGUCCAUGUCGCGGCAGCAGCUCGCCGAACGCCUGCGGAGGGCGUGGCAGGACCGCCGGCCCAGCCUGGACAUCUUCCUGGCCAGCACCGAGCCGCACGAGGACGACGAUGACGACGCCCUCUCCCUGAUCUCCGCCAGGUCUGCACUCGGCGACGAGCCCCUGGUGCAACCUGCACCUCGACCAGCUCCGUCGCCAAGGACACCCUCCGCGGGGGCCACUGGCAGAGGCAGGGGACGCGGCGUCCUCCGCCCCAGGGGCUCCAUGGCUUCCCCCGGACCGAGCCCCACGGUGCCGGUGAGGUCUCUUGGCCAGGCGUGUCCCCAG